AAUCUGAACAGGCUACAGAGGACGGAGGCCUGGGCUGGGGAGCAGGAGGGCACGGCCCAGCUCCCUACGACCCCUGGAUCCCUGGACUCCCAGAGGCCAGGACACCGUGGGCUGUAGCCAGAGAAGAGUCCCAGGCAGCCCCGCUGGGCCAGGAAGGGAGGAGGGAAGGAGGGGGGACAAUGGCGGCCCCUUUGAGGGCCCGGCUCCCAACAACCUGUCCCGUCCCUAGUAUUCCUUCCUGAGUUGUCUCAUCUUCCUUUAUGGCUCUGAUGAACAGAGGAGACUUCGUAGGUGGCACUGAACUUAAUUAUCCGAAACGUCCGCCCUCCAAUGCUUUUGUGUCCUUCCCGCCUUAGUUGCACAUCUUGUGGUGCCCACCCUGUGUGCAUAGUUCUGCCUUCUUUUAGUUAGUUCCUCGGGAUAGAUUCCGAGCAGCGGCCAGAGGGUGUGGAUUUCUUCCUAGCUCCGGAUGCCUGUUACCAAACCAAUUUCCAGAAGGGCCAUGCAGAUAAGAGCAGCACUGGGUGUAUUCACUUUGAGAACAUUUUACCAAUGUACUAGGUGGGAAGUGUUACCUUGUUUUCCACCGUCACCUUGUUUUGUUUUGUUUUGUGUUGUUUUGUUUGCCUUCCCUCCAUACCUGAGGUCGAAACUUCUUCCCCCAAAGGUUGCAUUUCUUUCCUCGCACGGUCUUUUCUGGUUCCUUGCACGUUUAUUGGAGCCUUAACCUUUUGAUUAAUUUGUAUGAGCUUUAUCUUACCUGCUGUACAUUUUCCUUCAACUCUGGUGUUUGCUUUUGAUGGGUUUUAAGCAGGGAAGGGACACUUACCACACCCCGCGUUACCGCGUUCAGUCUCCCUAUUACUGACCUGUGCGGCUAAGUUGGGAGUGCCGAGCGAGCAGGGACCCUGUGUGUCCUGCCUGUUCAUCAUCCUGUGUCCAUGGAAGGUAUGGAGGCCACUGGCCUCUGAUGAACAAAUGAUGUGGAGGCAGGGAGAGAGGGCUUUGGAGGCUGUGACGGGGACCUGGUCAAGAGUUGGCCAGCGCGAGCCCUCACUGUGGGGAGCAGAGGGCAGAGUACAGGUGUAAGAGAUGAAUUUAAGUCGAAACUACUUGGCUCUUGACCAGGGAGGAGGCAGAGGGAGAAGCCAGGGAUGAUUCCUGGGACAGUGACGUGGUUAAGAGCAGAGCACCUCAGUUAGGGACUGGGGACUCAGGGCUCCUGGCUGGCUAAGGCCAUGUGUGAGGGAAGCUAUUGGGGGGUGGGGGUGGGGCGGGUGCCCAGAAGCUGUCAUCUGUCCUCCUAGCCCUUGGGCAGAGUUCUGGGCCAGAAGACAGCAAUGGGUUUCUGGUCUGGCUUCCUCCUCCCCUCCAUGAUUUCAGUGGCAUCCCACAGUAGCUCGAGGUGCUGGCUGUGAUGAGCCCAUUAGAGAGAUGGGGUCACUAAAGUCCAGUCAGUGGACGUGACGGUCCAGGGUCAACGAGUGAGUAGGGCUGGGCGGCAGCUUCUGGGGCAGGGGCACUGGGCUCUUAUCCCUGUCCCUCCCCCCUGCUUCCAGCUGGGCAGAAGAACUGAGGCUGGUCACCUGCUGGGCCCCUGACCUGCCCUUGGCCUCUGCCCCGGCCCGGUCCCGCUUCGGUGCGAGCCCCCGCUCAGCGCGCCACUUGGGGGCCCACCCGACUGCUUCGCUGGCACCCGUUGGCUCGCCGGCCCCCCUGAGCCCGCCCCCGCUGCCCCGCCCCUCCAAACAGCAACUCCACGUCCAAAGGCAGCGGCUUCCAAGGUGGAAGCUGGGUCCCGCCGCCAGGAAGCUGCCGGUUGGAGAGCUGCGCGGGACUCAGCGUCCACGUGCGCGCCUGCUUCGCCACCCCGCCUUCUUUCCCCGGAGGCCGGGCCCGGGGACGCCCUACCGGGGGAAACCGAGCCCCGCGUCGCGCGCUGGCCUCGGCUCGGACGUCUGCCCGCGGCAGCCCGCCGCGCGAUCACGCUCCAGGUCUCUUGCCUCCCGUUUCCUCCUCCCGGGCGCCGCCGGGGCCGGGUCAGCUCCGAGGAGGCCAGCUCAGGCCCAUCCCUUCGGCGCCACCUCUACUCCCCCGGCCGCCUCUGCCGGCACACACCCCCCCAAAGUCGGAAGCUUGAACUUGGGGAGCGAUUGCGGGCAGGCCAAGUGAGAGCCGCGGGGAGGGGGUGUGCUGCGGGGUGGCCGUAGCCUCAGGCUGCCCCAGAGGGGGGCCGGCCAAGGACCCGCGGCGCUCCGCGGGCCCAUCGGACACCCGGCCUUCCUCUCCUGGAGGACCUCUCCCUCCUCCCCUCCGGGAGCCGGCCGCCGCGCCGGGCGUUUUCCUCCUCCGAGGGCUCGAGGCGCCCUUCCGCGCGUCCUCGCCGAGGGAGGGGGCGUGAGAAGAGAAGCGGGCGGUGCAGGGGUGUCCCUGCGGGGCUCUCGGCGCCCGCCUUGGGCAUGCGGGGUGGGCUUCACGUCUCGGCCCCUUGGCGGCCGGGCCCCGGGGACGCGAGCUCACGCCGCGCGCCUGCCCCUCUCUCCGCAGCGCCGGCGGGCGGACGGGCCGGGAGCCGCGAGCCCAUGGAGGGUCUGGGCCGUUCGUGCCUGUGGCUGCGGCGGGAGCUGUCGCCCCCGCGGCCUCGGCUGCUGCUCCUCGACUGCAGAAGCCGCGAGCUGUACGAGUCGGCGCGCAUCGGCGGGGCGCUGAGCGUGGCCCUGCCCGCGCUGCUGCUGCGCCGCCUGCGGCGGGGGGCCCUGUCGGUUCGCGCGCUGCUGCCCGGGCCGCCGCUGCAGCCGCCCCCGCCCGCCCCGGUGCUCCUGUACGACCAGGGCGGGGGCCGGCACCGGCGCGGGGAGGCGGACGCUGACGAGUGGGAGGCCGACUCGGUGCUCGGCACCCUGCUGCAGAAGCUGCGCGAGGAAGGCUACCUGGCAUACUACCUCCAGGGUGGCUUCAGCAGAUUCCAGGCAGAGUGCCCCCACCUGUGUGAGACCAGCCUCAGCAGCCGGGGUGGCCCAAGCACAGCCCCAGUGCCCAGCCCAGUGGUGGGGCUGGGCGGCCUGUGCCUGGGCUCGGACUACUCUGAUGCGGAAUCCGAGCCUGACCGCGACUCCAUGAGCUGUGGCCUGGAUUCGGAGGGUGCCACGCCGCCCCCAGGGGGGCUGCUGCCAUCCUUCCCUGUCCAGAUCCUGCCCAACCUCUACCUGGGCAGUGCCCGGGAUUCGGCCAACGUGGAGAGCUUGGCCAAGCUGGGCAUCCGCUACAUCCUCAACGUCACCCCCAACCUGCCUAACGUCUUCGAGAAGAACGGCGAGUUUCACUACAAACAGAUCCCCAUCUCCGACCACUGGAGCCAGAACCUGUCCCAGUUCUUUCCUGAGGCCAUCGCGUUCAUUGAUGAGGCCUUGUCGCAGAACUGCGGGGUGCUCGUUCACUGCCUGGCAGGCGUCAGCCGCUCUGUCACCGUCACUGUGGCCUACCUCAUGCAGAAGCGCCACCUCUCACUCAACGAUGCCUACGACCUGGUCAAGAGGAAGAAGUCUAACAUCUCACCCAACUUCAACUUCAUGGGGCAGCUGCUAGACUUCGAGCGGAGCCUGCGGCUGGAGGAGAGGCGCGCCCGUGAACGCAGCAGCGGGGGGCAGGAGUCAGCCGCCUCCGACCCACCGUCCUUCUUCACCACCCCCACCAGCGAUGGUGUCUUUGAGCUGGACCCCACAUAGGGUGCCGUUCCACACCCCCCCCAUGGGUGCCCCUGACCACCCAUGUGCGGGGGGGGGGCGGGGGGGGAGCUGGGGGGAGGCAGAAGAGGGAGGCAGCGAGUUGGGGAGGGGGGAGAGCAUAAUACCUCAUGGGAGGGCUGUGGGGAAGAGGCUGGAGCCAGGAGCCCCUCCAGGGUGGCCUCGGGGAGAGACCUGUCCUACCCACUUGAACCAUCCACGGGAGUCCUAUUAAAUGUGCCUAUAAGCAGGGCCCGGGGCCACCAGCCUGACCCGCGCCGCUUUCGGGGCGGAAUCACGCUCCAGAACCUGCCUCUUCUGCGACUGUUACUUUUUUCUCUCGGGGGGGGGGGGGUAGGGUUGGGGGGAUUCCCAUUCCAAGGGACCAUUCCAAGCGGCUGCCUAUUCCUGGGCCUUGAGCCUUCCGGUGGCUUCCCCCUUCAGAAGGGCGGGCCCCUGCGCUGGCCACCUCAUGUGCUGCAGGGGCCCGCUCCCAGUCCGUCCCUGUCCCCCGACGGCUGUUUACGGGGAGGGUUCACCACCGGUGUAGUCACCUCCCCGCUUCUCUGCCCGGGGUUCGGGCCUCUAGGGGCUGAGGCUUGGAGGUGCACCGGCAGCCCAGCGUCCAUGCGGACAGCCCCUCUCGGGGCGGCUCCUUGCCGGGCGCCACAGGGGAGGGCGCUGGCCCGGUUGCUGCUGAGCGGGUUCCUGGCCACACAUCUGGCGCCCUGUUUAUCCACUUGACGUUUGAAAAGAUGCUUUUUUUCCCUCUUCCCCCAGAUGUCUUAACGGGAUCACUGGAGCUCUUUGUGACUGAGGGUGGUCGAACCGCGGCCAGAGGAGAUGGGGGUCUCAGAGCAAGAGCUGGGGGCGGGGAAGGGGAAGAAGAAGGCCUGAAUUUUGCUGCGGCGGGCCCCACAUAGGCACGGUUGGUUUGGGGGGGGGGCGGGGAAGGGGCCAAGCGGCAUAUACAGAGUCAUUCAUUGCAGUCCACGCCCUUCGUGGGCGGCGCGCACGCGCGUCCGCGUGUCAGCGCUCACACACGCACACCAGCCUGCUUACACACCCGGCCCGGCCAUCUCACCCCGGGGAAUCCGCACCACAGUUGCUUUCUUUAAUUGUUCUUGAAUAAACAGUUUAUGUAAGAUACUGAA